AUGGCCGCCUUUUGGAGCACCCUUGGCUCAUCAGUCGUGGUAGGUCUGAUAGCGGCAAUGUGGCUCUGCUCAAUUUGGCUGUGGCUGCUGCUGGUUGCCACUGCAAUGGGCAUAAUUGUUGCUUGGAACACCCCAGAAGGUCUUUUGACGGCUGCGACCUCUGCUCUCGGAAUCACUGCCGCUGGAGCUCUCUCCAGACAGCAAAAGGACGAAGUCGCGGAGUUCAAAUGGUUCGGUCUUGGUUCUGGAAAACACGCUAGCCUGGCCGCACUGGUUGGAAGCGACACAAUGGUUUGUUGUGGUGGCAUGCUUGCAGGGCCAAGAAACUUUCCGGCAAGCGACAUUUCGCUUGAUCACUUGUUUUGCUCUCGUUUGCAGGCAGCAUUGGCAUUCUGUCCUUGCCUACUUUUGCAGCUCUUUGCUGUUUUCUUGUGCGCACAUUGUGUCUCUGGUGUCGACGAGUUUUACAUUAGUUCCGUGAUGAUUAGGCCGGUGUUUGAUGGCGAUUCUCUGGUGGAUAUGGACGUGCAUUUGAAGUUCUCUGGCAAGAAGUCUUCGAUGGUUGAGGCACGAAAAGUACACAACUUUGUACUUGUGGUUCAGAUCUUUCUGGGGAUGGUGGUUGGCGUCGGCGUCAGAAACAGCUCCAUGAUUUUAGUGACCAUGUGGCCAUGUGCGUACAUUCGGGUUCCACUGGUCGACGACGAGGAAGGCAGCCAUGGUCAGGAUCUGGAGUCCGCAUCACCGCCGGGCAAUGGUGCAAAUUGGUCCUACAUGUUUGCGACUCGAGACGAAGCUCCUGAUAUGUGCGGAAUUGUGGCGGAGUUGGCGCACGGCUAUGGCAAGUGGCAGAACACAGAGUGCAUGCAGAUGAAAGAUGAGCUCGUGGAGUUGGACGUGGACGGGGAUGGGCGCAUCCCUUUGAAGGUUUUCUAUGGCCAGCAGGAUAGCGCGAAGUACCAGUUCAGCGAGUCGGUGCAGUAUUUGCAGGAGAUCGGUGCCCUGGACGAGGGCGGGGAGAAGAAG